AUCAAACCUACAGUGAGAGAAUCUCUGAAAACAGAGAGUUUGGAGACUCAAACAUUAUGUACUAAAGUGUGUAGAUUGUACAAUAAGUGGAUUUGGAUUAACAGGAUAAGAAAGGAGCAGCAGUUGUCACAUCCUGCUCAGUUUAAAGUCUUUAAUCUAAGUAUGGAGUAACUGAUCUAAUACAUAUUUAGCUGCACGUUUGUAUCAUAAUGUUUGCUCACAUAUUGAAUUCUUAAUGCUGCAGUUUCAUGCAGCAGCUAAAACCCGCCUCCUUUCGGACGGACGUAACUCUGAUUAGUUGAUUCCCUCGCGGUGGCAGCCGGCGGCGAGCUCCCUGAUUGGCUGAAAGCUUCUCCUGCACAGAUGACAUGCAAAUCCAGGGGUCUGCCGGUAAAAGGCUGGCGCUGUCAGCCGGAAUGGCCAUUCAUCUAGAGGGGAAGGGAGAGAGACGCAGCUGGGGAACAGAGAGAGCGUAACACAUUUACACUUAAAUAACAAGAUUCAGCCUGAAAUACAUUCAGCGCGGAUUUUCUUGUCCUCCUUCUUCCCCCUUUUCGCCACUUCCUUCUAUUUUUAACAUGUUUGGAGGUUUCAUUUGAGCUGCGCGGAAGCUUUGAAGGCUUUCCAAAAUCCACCACAACUUCUAUUCUGCAUGGAGAACACAAGAAAAACGCACUGAACUGUGUGGAGAUCUGCUUUGGAGAUCGUUUUGGCUCGCUUUUAGAGACUUGAUAUCCGGACCGGAUAGCGCACCGACACUGCGCGAAUAACUCGGCGAGCUAAUCGGCAACUACAAGCAAAGAAACCAAUCUUGUUUCUUGUGCAGCAAAUACGAAGAAAUCAGGAGGUUUAAAGUGAAGAUCGCUGGAGUUGAGAUUCUGUGGACGCACCGUGGAGCACAAAUGGUGUUUCUGUGGGACGCGAAAUACGACCCAGCCCCUGGCCGGCGCUACACUCCCCCCUCCACCACACUCGCCUCGGGGGGGAAGAUGGCCGAGGCCCUGCCCCUGGGAGCCCAGGAGGCCGGUGGCGGGGCGUCUCUGGUGGGCAAACUGCGCAUGGCCGACCGCGGCAUGGUGGAGGUGAUCUCGGACCAUCCAGGCGAGCUGGUGAAGACAGACAGUCCCAACUUCCUCUGCUCUGUGCUGCCGACUCACUGGAGGUGUAACAAGACUCUGCCCAUCGCUUUUAAGGUGGUUGCCCUGGGCGACAUCCCUGACGGCACCUUGGUAACAGUGAUGGCCGGAAAUGACGAGAAUUACUCAGCGGAGCUUCGCAAUGCCACGGCUGCCAUUAAGAACCAAGUGGCCCGAUUCAAUGACCUGCGUUUCGUCGGCCGCAGUGGAAGAGGAAAGAGCUUCACCCUGACCAUCACAGUGUUCACCAACCCUCCUCAGGUGGCCACGUACCAGAGAGCCAUUAAAAUCACGGUGGACGGUCCCAGAGAGCCACGACGUCACCGUCAGAAGAUGGACGAGGUCAAACCGGGCUCUCUGGCUUUCUCUGAGCGGCUAACAGAGCUGGAGCAGCUGAGAAGGAGCUCCAUGAGGGUGACGCCUCCUCACCACCAUCACCACCAACCGUCAGCCAACAGCCGCCAGUCUGCCGCACUCAACUCUGCCACCUUCUCCAACCCCACACACACUCAGAUCGCUGCCGACAAGUGUCAUCUUGCAGUUUUGUACCAAACAGCAAACUCCAGACAAAUGCAGACGUCUCCAUCUUGGUCCUACGAUCAAUCAUAUCCCUACCUUGGCCAGAUAACUACGCCGACCGUGCACACAGCCAAUCCUCUAUCGCCCAGUCGCUCUUCGCUCAGUGACCUGUCAUCUCGACUCACAGGUCCUGACCUCACAGCCUUUGGUGACCCCAGAGUGACCUUAGAACGGCCUUUCAGCUCCCUCCCUUCCUUGCCUGACUCCCGCUUCUCCGACCCUCGGGUGCACUACCCUCCCACAGCGGCCGCCUUCACCUACACACCCUCCCACAACCCUGUCUCCAAUGGCGCCCUUGGCAUCACCAUGGCAACAGCCAUGGCGACCACACCCGGGGGGCGGUACCAUACCUACCUGCCACCCCCCUACCCUGCGAACACCCCGCACCAAGCUCAGAAUGGGCCCUUCCAGUCCACCUCGUCACCGUAUCACCUCUACUACUCCACUGCCGCCGGCUCAUACCAGUUCUCCAUGAUGGCUGGUGGAGGAGGCACCAAUGACUCACGCUCGCCUCCAAGAAUCCUGCCACCAUGCACCAAUGCCUCCACAGGCUCCUCUCUGCUGCACCCCUCUUUGCCCAAUCAGAAUGACGGGGUGGGUGUGGAGGUGGAGUCUAGCCACAGUAGCUCCCCAACAAACAUGGCUGCUGCCGAAGCUGUCUGGAGACCUUACUAAACUCCCUCUUCGGCGGUCAAGGACAAAGGGUGUGCUCAUUUGGGAUGGUCAUUUGAUGGCGGACACUGGCAAGGGUGGAUCAAACUUACAUCAUUGAAUACGGUGGGAACUUCUGGUCCCUCAGUGACUGGUCAACUGAUGAUUUUGAUAUUUCUCUUAUUGUCUACAAAUCCCAUGAAAAGACCACCAAACCAGACCAAAGACCAACCAACAAAUAAUGUUUAUGUUUGUCUCUGAGUACUUUUAACUUUCAGGGCAUGUGGCUUUUAGCUGUUAGUCUGCUUGUUUCUCUGAAGACAUAAAUCUUUGAAAACAUUUCACUGAAAAAAAAAAAAAAGUUCAGUAAAUUCCUACAGCAGCAGUGCACAAUAGUGAUUAUCAGUGAUUAUUUGUAUUUAAAGAUAGGGAGCGUUUGUUUCUGAUUAUUCUCUGUAGCUUUACUGGCAGGAGUGAGGUGUGGGUUGUGGGUCUGCACAGAGGAAUAUGAUAUGUUAGACUUGAUGGACACACAGUACUUGGUAGUGGGAUACUCCAAGUGUUGCUUUGGGUCUGCACAUUGGAUGUUGACAAUAAGAAAAAUAUUGAGACUUAUUUUUUAUGCUCACAAACCAACAAGAAACUAACUAUUGGUGUUCAAAAUUCUGGAAUUUGAGAUAUUUUGUCCUUAGUAUUCCUCCCAGGACUGAGAGGAUGUUAGAACAUCAACAAUAGUAUGAAUGGAAGGAUUCUGAUAAACAUGAGGGUUGAUCAAAAAGUUAAGACCAUAUCUAUAAAAAAUAAAAGACGGACAUGAUUUACAUUUAGCCUCGUAAAGGUAGUCUCCUUUUACAGUGAUACCAUAUUCUCAGCGUUUCGGGAAGUCCCAUUCCGUAAACAUGCCAAGCAUUGUCUGCAAUGAGCACUGAAUCUCCUGCACUGUGUCAAACCCUUGAGCUUGAAUGCCAUUUUGGGGACAAUGAAAAAGUUGCACGUAGCCAGAUCUGAUGAGUAAAGCUGAUGGAGAGCGAUGAUGGUGUUGUGGUGGAGUACUGGUAUUAUGUCGUGCCACAAUCAGUCACCUCGGGAUGUUAUAGUAGCGCUCUGCCUUGAUAGUCUGACCCUAGGAGAUGAGUUCCUGGUGGCAACCAUAUGCGUUUUGAGGAUAACUAUCAGCAUGGUCCUGGUGCUGUCCUGACCUGCCGUGCCUUGUCCAGGUUCAGAACUUGCAGCUUUUUCUACUGUGAAAAUUGUUGUUUAUUCUCUGAGUGAUAGCCUACAAACCCAACUCAUGUUACCAGUGAUGAUCCUCACAUUAAGGUUGAUGAUCACAAACACAUCAACAGUCUGAGAACUUUUUGAUCAAUCCUCACACUUUAGGGUACCACCCUCCCAACUGUUGGGAAACUGUGACUUAAGAGCACUAGAUUGUUUGUUUUUAUUGGUUUGAAUUUUUGGGAAAACAUCCCCCGGCACUGUACGUCAUCACUCGACCAGGAGCCGGAUGAGCACGCCCAGUAUAAAACUGUCUACUGACAAACAAUGUUGGUCAAUGAAAAGCAUUCAGAAUGACUGACAGGUGCAUCAGCCAACAGACAGCGAGUGGACUGUCUCAUCAGAUUAUGAAGGCUUGACAUCCCAGUGUCCCCUCUCAGGACGGAGAACAGGACUCCAGCGAGGAGCUUCUAUGAUAUGAAGGACCUAAAUGGACAUAACUAGAGAGAAACAGGGUAACAUUUUGGUUUUACACUGACAAGGUGCAUGCUGCAGCACUGGACUGAUCUCAGUUCAGCAUCCUUUGUUAAAUAUCAGGACUUGUCCCCCCAUGAAUGUUGUUGUGAAUAGAUGAUUUGCUCAUGCCCAAUGUUGUGAUGGCCUGUUUGUGUUUACUGUCACCCAUCCUUUUUUUUAAAUACAUCAUUUUUUUCUCCAUAAUGCUUUUAACAUUCUGCUCUUACUGCUAACAUUUUUAGAAAAAAAAACAGCUCAUCAUGUUUUGAAAAUCUGAAAACAAGUUCACUUCACUUACUAUAGAUUUUUCCUGCCCCCGAAAGUCAAUUUAAAUAGGCAUAUUUUACUGCUUCAACACUGAGGAAAAUGCUGAGUUAUAGUCAAGUUCAAGGCCUGACUUAUGUUCUUAGACAGAAUAUUGGUUUUGGAAUGAAAAGGCUGAAACUGAGUCACUGUCUUCCAUCAGCAGCUUUCAUCCAAGCUGAUCUAUUCCGUCCUCCAGCCCCCCUUCUCUUGAAUUUUGACUCAUUGUCUCACCACACUGAAAAACCAUUACAGCAUGGAGUUUUGUAAAGUACUUUAAUUUAUUUCUACAAUACCUUUUUUGGUAGCAUUUAAUGUCUGUUUCUGUCUGUGUGCAAUGAGUGUGUGUGUGAGAAAGAGUGCGUCACAUUUGCCUAUGAUCCACUGAUGAUUUGUACUGUAUAUAGCAAUGGCUGUAAAUGACACCGCAUUUGAUCAUGUUUUCAUCACUCACACACACACACUCACACAUACACAAUAGUUUGUUUUGACAUUGUUGGUAGUGCACCUUUGGUUUUGAUUUAUAUAAAUAUUCUUGUGUAAAAAAUACAA